CUGUUGAGAGAAGCCAUUGCAACGUUUUCGUUUACAUUUCCUCUCCUUUAUUUUUUUUCUCGAUCUUUCUUCUCUCUCUUUCUCUUUCUGAAGUUUCCCAUUGAUCAGAAAAGGUGUGAUUUGGAACCAUAAUGGCGUACGAGGAAGACUUUCAACAAACUUCUGAAGCCAAAUAUGAUUGUCUUUUGUUUGAUAUAGAUGAUACCCUUUACCCUCUCAGUUCUGGUUUGGCUAUGGAAGUGAAAAAGAACAUUCAAGAGUAUAUGACUCAGAAACUUGGCAUUGAAGAAGCUAAAGUCCAAGAACUGUGCCUUUCGCUUUAUAAAAUCUAUGGAACUACUAUGGCUGGUCUCAAGGCUGUGGGUUAUGACUUUGAUUAUGAUGAUUUCCAUCGUUUUGUUCAUGGGAGACUGCCAUAUGCAACACUGAAGCCUGAUCCAAUUUUGAGGAAUAUCAUUCUUAGCUUGCCUAUUCGGAAAGUUGUUUUCACGAAUGCAGACAAGGCUCAUGCAGCCAAGAUCAUUGCCAGGCUAGGCCUAGAGGACUGCUUCGAAAAAGUCAUUUCUUUCGAGACUCUGAACCCCAUCAACAAAACUGAAACUCCUAAUGAUACUAAAACCAGAGAAAUCUUUGACAUACGCAGUUACAUGGCAAAUCCUGACCCAAACAUCGAGCUCCCAAAGACUCCAGUUAUAUGCAAACCAUCUGAAGGAGCAUUCGAACAGGUUUUCAAGAUGGCCAACAUCAAUCCUAAGAAGACGUUGUUCUUUGAUGACAGCAUCCGCAACAUACAAACCGGGAAACGUGUGGGUCUCCACACCGUAUGGGUUGGGACUUCACACAGAGAGGAAGGAGUAGAUAUUGCAUUGGAGCAUAUUCACAACAUUCGUGAAGCUCUUCCUGAACUAUGGGAAGCUGGUGAGGAAAAAGCCGAGGAGCUUAGAACCAGGCAAAAAGUCGCCAUUGAAACCAUUGCUUAAUCAAGCAUUCACUUAUACUUCACAGCUAAUAGUAAAAACAAAAACUUCUGAAUUCUUCACUUCUAAGAGUAAAAAUAAGUGUAAUUUAAAGCUUUGACUGAGACCACUUUGUGAAAUUGUGGAGUAGUAAUGAAAGCAAGCUUACUUUA